UAGUUACUACAUCUCCCAGAAACCUCUAGGCAGCAGUGAACCCCGGGAGAGAACGAGAAUUGGCUGCGUUGUCCGAUGGGAGUUGUAGUCCCACGCGGCAGAGCGGCCCGGCUGACUUCCGGACUGCGCGUCCUAUUUAGACGCCCUACGAAGGCCUUCGGGAAUCGCAGACCGGCGCGCGCAAGUCGCCGGGAGCUGUAGUCCGUUCCGCCUGCUCAGUCAGCGUGGUACCACCCGGUUGCUGCCUAGGGAAUGCGAAAGAGACCGGUACCAGGGAACGGAAAGGCCGGCGGGGUGAAGGGAGGAGAGAACCCUGGUUAUUGACGAGGGGAAGUCUUUCGUUGCUAGGCGACCAGAAGAGACCCUGUUACCCAGAGACGGGAAAGGAGGAGUCCUCCACUGCUAGCAGGAGCUGAGGCGGGCAUGUCUCAGGCGCCGGAAGCGAGGCCGAGUCCACCCUCAGUGUAUCACGAGCGGCAGCGGCUAGAGCUGUGUGCCGUCCACGCUCUCAACAACGUCCUUCAAGAGCAGCUCUUUAGCCAGGAGGCUGCCGACGAAAUCUGCAAGAGGCUAGCCCCAGAUUCCCGACUGAACCCCCAUCGCAGCCUCUUGGGCACCGGCAACUAUGAUGUCAACGUGAUCAUGGCUGCCCUGCAGGGCCUGGGCCUGGCCGCUGUGUGGUGGGACAGGAGGAGACCCCUGUCACAGCUGGCCCUGCCCCAGGUACUAGGCCUGAUCUUGAACCUACCCUCUCCUGUGUCGCUGGGGCUGCUGUCCCUGCCACUGCGCCGCCGACACUGGGUGGCCCUGCGCCAGGUGGAUGGCAUCUACUAUAAUCUGGACUCAAAGCUACGGGCACCUGAAGCCCUGGGAGACGAGGAUGGAGUCAGGGCCUUCCUGGCAGCUGCCUUGGCCCAAGGCCUGUGUGAGGUGCUGUUGGUGGUGACCAAGGAGGUGGAGGAGGCCGGCUGCUGGCUGCACACAAGCUGAUCUACUGCCUGUGAACGGCUGCCUGCUGCCACAGUCCUAAGUGUCCAGUGCCUGGAAAGGGCCUGCAACUCUGGGCCUCAGGAGGCCUGCACCCUGCCCUAGGGUCCCUACUUCCCCAACCACUGCUGCCUCAAUAAAUCUGCUCUUUUGUUA